GCAGGCCGCAUGGCAAAAAUUGCUGCCAUACGCCAGCCCAAGCAGCUAAUUUCUCGAACGAUUGCCAUUUUCGAGCCAUGACUCCAUAAUAGAGACCGCACUCCGCUCGCUGUCCGCGUGUCGCGCCAUGAUAGAGCUCAAAGAGACGGGGAGCCCUCCCCGCAGCACUCCCGGCAAGGUCAGCGACGCGGCAGGCUUGCUCGCUGAGGAGGAGGGAUGGUCUCGCGAUGACGCCGACGAAAUGAAAACAAGCGAGCCUGCUGCUGAGGCCACCGCGAGCCCGCCGCGUUCGCGUCUCGCGUCGCCCUGGCUGCCCGACGCGCCGCAGCGCUGCGGCGGCAGCGCUGUGAAAUCACUGAAAGCACGCGUGCGGCUCGCGAAAUUCCUCGUGCUGUCGUGGGUGCUCAUCGUCUGCGGACACGCGUUUAUCCGGGCUCACAAAUCCGAGCGGAGGUGGGAGCGAGAUCCGAACUACAGCAUCGGUGAUUUCCAUAGUCUCGACCUCCACUCCUGCGCGCUCGACGCCCUGUGUUAUUUCAUCGUGGGCCGCUGGUGGAAAAGAAAGGGUGUCGACCGAUGGAACGUGUUUGCACCAAUGGUCUUGGGCCUCAUUCUCUUCUCGGCCGUGGGCGCGGCUGAUAUUGCGCAUUAUUCGAUCUCACUCUUUGCGAUAAAAUGCCUGUGGCCACCGGCCGUCGUCGUCGCCGCUGCGGUGUUGUGCAUCGCGGUCAUUGUGAUUGUUUGCCUGCACGUGCGCGCGGCCUGGCGCGACGGCCUCCUGCUCGGUAGAUGUAUCGAGAUCGCGGCGACGGCGUUGGUUUUUGUCUUACCAGUUUUUCGGGACCCGUCGUUCCACCUUCAUCAUUGGUACUGGACCUGGCUAAUAGGUAUGCACGCGAACCAGGACGCCUGGUGGUCUCAGGCCGCCUGCGCGUUCCUUUGGGGCGGCUAUUUGAAUGGGAUUGCUGCCUAUGGCCGAGACGAUCUGCUCGGCUGCAAGCGCUCGUUCUACGCGGCCGCCAAUCAGCAUUGCGGAUACCUGGACUGCUACUACGAGUCGCACUACACUGAUCAGAAUGCAACGAUCCCAGCGAAGCCACCCUUCCAGGACGCGCCGAAUUGGAGGACGUGCGAGGGGAUGGCUCCGUAAUUUUUGUUCUAUGUG